UAUAGCAAGAAGGUCUUUUCCCUCGGAGCGAAUCGAGCGGGUGCUGGUAUCUCUGAAGCUUCGUGGAGGCAGAAAGAACAACGGCUCAAAGUUUCCUGGAGGAACUAGGCGUUUCUGUGGGAUUUCAAUAACCAAGAAUCCUUGGGAUCUCUGCCCAGCCUGGUCCCAGCAGGGCGAAUCAAGGAACUCUCCCUAACUACAGCAGAGCACGUAAGGAAUCCUCUGCGCUGCAAACCACUGUGGAGUGGAAAUGCCUUGGAAAGGCAUCUCCAACAAGCAUCUCUGCUGAAAAUUGCAGUGAAGCAGGAUUCCACAAACACAUUCUCUAGUUGUAGAUUCCUCUCCAAGUGUCCCACUAAGGAAAUCCUGAGGAUGACUCCACCCAGCAUGUUUGGAGAUCGGUGAUGAGGAUGGAAGUGCUCCGUCGUUCUUCUGUCUUUGCUGCAGAGGUGAUGGAAGUGUUUGACCGGACUCCCACUGAUAAGGAGCUUGUAUCUCAAGCCAAGGUACUCUGCAGGGACUACAUUCACUCCAGGCUCAUUCGGGCUGGAAUUGGCUGGAAUAAGCCUGAGCACAGUUCACCUGUUCCAGUUGGCAAGUUAGCAGAGGUGUCCAGCAUACUUUUAAGAUUGGGGGAUGAGCUGGAGUACAUCAGGCCCAAUCUUUAUCGGAAUAUAGCACGGCAGCUAAACAUCUCUCUACACUCGGAAACUGUGGUGACGGAUGCUUUCUUGGCUGUGGCUGCUCAAAUUUUUUCUUCAGGAAUAACAUGGGGUAAGAUUGCAUCUCUCUAUGCCGUGGCAGCAGGCCUCGCUGUGGACUGUGUGAGACAUGCCCAGCCAGCUAUGGUCCAUACCAUCGUGGACUGUUUGGGAGAGUUUGUACGCAAGACCUUGGUGACAUGGAUGAAGAGGAGAGGAGGCUGGACAGACAUAACAAAAUGCGUAGUGAAUACUGAUCCUAAUCUUCGCUCUCAUUGGCUUGUGGCUGCCGUUUGUAGUUUUGGCCACUUCUUGAAGGCCAUCUUCUUUGUGCUGUUGCCAGAAAGAUGAUAUCCAGUUAUCAGAUGAAGUUCCAUCUUCUUCUCAGUGACACAACAGAUACAGGGAAGAAGUAAUGAGAUGACUUUCCUCAACAUUUUUCCAGCAAUGGGAAAUGUUUUUUCAGUUCAUGUCUUGCACCAAACAUCUUUUGUAUUUUCAGAUUUGCAUAGAACUGUUCAUAAGGCUGAGCAAUGGAAGAACUUGCCAUUCAGUUUGUUGUUUUUAAAUUGUGUCACAUUUUUAAUGCAUUAAAAACAAGGAAGCUGAUUUGGAACUGUUGUCAAGAGGAAAACUCUGCCCUGAAUUUUUCAUGUAAACUACUUUUGUGUUUUCUAGUUGUGAUUUUUACAGUGUUCUUCACACUUUGGAUCCUAAAUUCUUGGUUAAUGAUUGCUAAAUAAAGAAGGGGAGGGGGUUUUCCAAUAUACUGAAAUUUAGUUUAAAUAUCACCUUCUGUCUAAGAGGAAACUAAACUGGGAUUGUGUAACAUAGAUUGCCGAUCUACAUACUCAUCUUUACAUUUUCGCAUCUGAGGCACCAAAAUAUAAGAUCAUGUUUUUUUUAAAAAAAAACUACUCUUACGUUAAAUAAAAGGAGACGUCAAACUGCCACAUUUAGAAUACAUCAGCAAAAAGAUCUAAAUGGAGCGUACAAAAGUUUAAUGUGAGGUGCAGUUGGCAAAUUGUGUGAUUUUUUAAAAAAUCCUAUUAUAUCCUAUAUAUGAUAACAAGCAUGACUGGGACAGGAGGAAAUCUAAACCUGCUUUGAUAUUUAAGUGCAAAUAAAGAAAGGUGUACACACAAUGAAGUGUAUAAACAUCUGAAAGAUACUCUCACCCAUUAUUUUUCUUUCUACUUUUUAACUACAUUGUGCAAAAUGCUGGUAAAUGGGAGUGGGAUUAGCAAUGAAGAUCAUCCUUGAAAUUUGUGAGAAGAGCAAAGCUUCAGGCUUCUGGUGUUAGACCCCUGAAACAGAAUCUGAACUCUGUAUAUAAUGAGAUAAGGGCUUGAUUUAUUGUGACUAAAUAAAACACAAAGAGAGCAUGAAGAGCAUGAAUUCUGGAACUCUUUCUAAUCACUUAAUAAUAGCUCUGUUCUGGGUCAGGAGGGGAGCUUAGAUUUGAGGCAUCAGCAAUAUUCCAAGCCACUAACUGCCUUUCCUAAGAGGAUACAUUUGGGGAUUUUUCAGGAUUUUUUCUCUGAAGACUCUGAAUCUGGCCUGUUUUCUUAAUCUUCCUUCUACCAGUUUUACCCAACAUGAAAUUUAGUUCCAUUCUGAUGAAUAGAAAGCUGGACAGUGUCUUUACUUCUUUCCAACAUUGUAUAGGUUAAAAAGAAUAUUUGUAUAUGCUGAUAUAUUUGUUGAAGGAGAGUCCUUAUAAAGCCAAAAUGAUGCAGGGAUGAUUAGUGGACUUGAGAGGUCCAUCACUAUAGAAGAAGAAAUAUAUAUGUUGGGUGGGAAAAGUGGGGGGGAAACCCCUCAAAACUAUAUUCAGCAUAUUCUGAAAAGACAUACCAUUUUUGGUGGGAGAAAAUGGCAUAUUUCAGCUCCUGAACAGAAGCAGUACACACUGCUACAUUUUGUGAGAUCUCAAUUGCCAUAAAUACUCUCAGUAGCCCUAAAUAAAAUGUACAUAGAAGAAGCAGAUUUAGAAAAACCCAAGAUCUACAGAACUAUCCCAAGAAAACAUGUGCAUUAAGUGUUCUUAAACAUUGUCUAUCCAACCAGUAAGCACCAUGACAAGAACUAUAAUAAUUGUCCUCUGAGUUAACGCAUGAAUGGACAAAUAUAACAAGGCAGUUCUGCCAGAUUAGAUCAAGAGAAGGUGGGUUUGUCCAAUAUGCUUAGUAAAAGAGCAAGUAAGUUGCCAUUGUUAAUCUCCUAAGUGUGGCUUUUUUUACAGUGGUUUCGGACUUAUAGUUCAAACCUUAAAUAUCUGUUAUCUUAUUAAAUAUAUCCAAACUAGUGGUUGUUUAGAGUUUGACUGAUGGUAAGUCUGAAAAAGCUGCAUGGGGAGGGGGAGAAAAGUA